UCUCCGGGCGAGAAAGAUAGAGAUAGAUAGACAGAGGAGGAAGGUUCAUCACUCAACAACAAACACCAAGGCGACGAUGCAAUUCUCGUCGUCGAAGCCUACGUCGGCACUGGCUCUGCUGCUAGGUCUCGCUGGGAUUGUCACUGCCUGGCAUGCGCCCUCGUCGUUCCGACCGGCCAGAGUGGCGGGAACCAAUCUGCGAAUGUCGUCGCCGUCCUCGUCGUCGCCGCGAGACGGAAGCACCAGCAAACUGUCCCAUUCCUCUUCUCUCUCGCCAAAUCCUCCCUCGCAGCCCGCGCCGUCGUCCAUGGUCCCGAGCGUGCCCCUUAGGAGAUCCAACCAGCUCUACAAGGACGUGGUCAUCGUCGGCGGCGGCCUGGCGGGUCUCUCGACGGCCCUCUACCUCACCCAGAUCGAUCCCGAGCGGCGCAUCACCGUUCUCGACAAGAACGAGGACGACGGGAACAUCCCGGGUGCCGGAAACAUGGCGAGCAUGGCGGCCGCCGGGAUGCUGGCACCGAACUCGGAGCGGCUGCCCAAGGGGGACUACCGGGACCUCUGCAUGGCCUCGAGGCGCAUGUACGCCGACUUUACGUCUCUGGUGGAGGGGAUGGCGCAGGAAUCCGGCCCGGAGGGCCUCCCCUAUCUCACCCAAGACGACGGGAGCGGCCUGGAUCCCUGGAACAUUGGCUACGUGGCAUCCGGAGGCUUCUUCGCGCCCGCCUUUGCCGGGGACAGCGUGGCGACGUGGGCGCCUCCCGAGGAGGAGGACGGCGGACGCAAAACGAAGGCCUCCUCCGCGGUGUGGCUGGACGCGACCCAGGCAAGGGAGCUGGAGCCCCACCUGCACCCCGACGUGGUGGGGGGCUGGUGGUUCCCGGAGGACGCCAGCGUGGAUGCGCGCCGCCUGACCUGCUCGCUCAAGGCCGCCUGCGUCGGGGCGGGGGUCGAGUUCCUCUGCGGCCCGCGCAACGAGGUGACCUCCCUAGACCUGCAGGACGGCCGGUGCAACGGCUUCUGGCUCGGGUCCGAGAGCGGCCGGUACGUAUCGGCCAAGGCGGUUCUGGUAGCGAACGGGGCCUGGAUGAGGAACCUCCUGCCGGUCCCGCUGGAACCCCACAAGGGGCAGUCGCUCUCGCUGCGGAUGCCGAAGGACCGCCCACCGAUCCUGAAACGGGUCCUCUUCGGGGGGGAUUCCUACAUCGUCCCGAAGGCCGACGGGCGGAUCGUCAUCGGAGCCACGGUCGAGGCCGGGAGCUUCGAUUCCGCCGUGACCCCGGCGGGGAUCAUGCACGUCCUCUCGUACGCCCUCGAGCUGGUGCCGGGACUGGCGGACCUCCCGAUCGAGGAAACCUGGGCGGGUUUGCGGCCGACCACGCCCGACAAGGGGCCGAUCCUGGGAGAAACCCCGUGGGAAAACCUUUACCUGGCGGGCGGCUACUGGAGAAACGGGGUCUUGCUGGCACCCAAGACGGGGCACUUGCUGGCCACCCUUAUUGCGAGCCAGAACAAGGGUGAAGGGAACACUCUGUUGUCCCGAGACGACGAGGCGAUGCUCGAGGCCUUUGCCUGGGACCGAUUCACCUCUCCGGAGGGCGGGAAGCGCAUGGCCGCAAACGCUCGGUACGCCGCCUCUAUGUAUCCGGUGCACAAGCGCAAGUCGGGGACCGGGGUAGCGGCGGCUGUCGGAACCGAGCUGGGAUCGUAUUCGACGGCACGAUCGGCGGGGGAAGAGCGACAAAAAGACCGAAAAUCACUCUUUGGCAGCGACGGCUUCGAUGGCAUCGAUUCGGAGACCGAGGAUCUCUUCGAAAAAGCAGCCAUGAUGGGGCGGGAGGAUGCGGAAGUCUUUGAGGGACUGGAUGGCGAGAGCAGCAGCAGCAGCAGCGAGAGCACUUCCGAUCACACCGGGGGGAGCCCUUCCUCGUCGGGAGGAGACGGCGACGACAAGUCUCUCAAAUUCUAUUACUCGGAGCAAGAAACGGCGCUCGGGGAACUCCGGGUGUUGGAUUCCGACGAGUCGUCCCCCGCGGCCCCUUCGCCAGAGGAGAUAGAAACGACGGUUCCGUACGACGGAUCGGCCGACGCGAUCACCGUCGGAAGCGCCGACAACGACGCACCCGAAGGAGACGAGGACGCCGGUGACGAUGCCAGCAGGCUCGAAUUGCUUUACGAAUCCAUCCGCGAGAACAAAGCCAAGCAAAAGGUGGACCUUCCCGACCAGGACAUCAAGGACACCCGACCCGAUCCCGGCUUUCGGAUUUCCCACGUGUGCAAGAAGACCGGAAAAGUUCGAGAAAUGCCACCCUAUGUGCAGCCGGGAGAGUUUUUCGAGAGCCUAGAGCAACAAGAACAAAAAGAGGAAGCAGAGGUCGAGACUCCCCCGAGCAAUGGCAUCCCGACCGAUGAGGUGGAAGGAUCCGGCUCUGCACCGUCCUCCGGCAGCGGCGAAAACUACGACGAAACCACGUACGACGGCUAUCAGGAAAUCUUCAAGGCCAACGCCAGCAGCAGCAGAAAAGAAGAGCUGGAGAAAAUGAAACUCGCCCGGAUCUCGAAUCGAUCCUCAGCGCCACCACGGGAGGUACGAAAGAAAGAAUAACUAUAUUACUAAUAAAGUAAUGCACUUACU